CCGGCUCUGGGGGCGGGGCGCGGCGCGGAGAGGGGAGCGGCCGCUGGCAGGCGGCGGGCACCAGCUGCGGGAGCAGGUAGUCUACGCGGAGGUGGGCAGGUGGCCCCCAGCGGGUGAGCGCGCAGGCCGGGGCUCCGACCCGCUGCUCCCCGAUGCUGCGGUGAGCACACGCGCUGGUUGCACUUGCCGCGCUAGCCCCAGGCAGCCCACUCUCUCCGAGCAGCCAUCCCGGGCCCUACCUGCGGCCGCCGUCGGGGGAGGGGGUCCCCCCAGCUCUGCGGAGCCGCAUGAACAAUAGGCGGCGGCGGCUCCUGCGGGCGGCGGCAGCCCCGCACCCUAUGGAUCGGCCGCUCCAUGGAGCCCUCCAGAGCGCUUCUCGGCUGCCUGGCAAGCGCCGCCGCUGCCGCCCCGCCGGGGGAGGAUGGAGCGGGGGCCGGGGCCGAGGAGGAGGAGGAAGAGGAGGAGGAAGCUACGGUGGCCCCCCGGGAGCUGGGCUCCGACGCGCCGCUGCCCUACUGGACCGCCGUGUUCGAGUACGAGGCGGCGGGCGAGGACGAACUGACCCUGCGGUUGGGCGACGUGGUGGAGGUGCUGUCCAAGGACUCGCAGGUGUCCGGCGACGAAGGCUGGUGGACGGGGCAGCUGAACCAGCGGGUGGGCAUCUUCCCCAGCAACUAUGUGACCCCGCGCAGCGCCUUCUCCAGCCGCUGCCAGCCCGGCGGCGAGGACCCCAGUUGCUACCCGCCCAUUCAGUUGUUAGAGAUUGAUUUUGCGGAGCUAACCCUGGAAGAGAUUAUUGGCAUCGGGGGCUUUGGGAAAGUCUAUCGUGCUUUCUGGGUAGGGGACGAGGUCGCCGUGAAAGCAGCUCGCCACGACCCCGACGAGGACAUCAGCCAGACCAUAGAGAACGUUCGCCAGGAGGCCAAGCUCUUCGCCAUGCUGAAGCACCCCAACAUCAUUGCUCUUAGGGGGGUGUGUCUGAAGGAACCCAACCUCUGCUUGGUCAUGGAGUUUGCUCGUGGAGGACCUUUGAAUAGAGUGUUAUCUGGGAAGAGGAUCCCCCCAGACAUCCUGGUGAACUGGGCUGUGCAGAUUGCCAGAGGCAUGAACUACUUACAUGAUGAGGCGAUUGUCCCCAUCAUCCACCGCGACCUUAAGUCCAGCAACAUAUUGAUCCUCCAGAAGGUGGAGAAUGGAGACCUGAGCAACAAGAUUCUGAAGAUCACUGAUUUUGGCCUGGCUCGGGAAUGGCACCGAACCACCAAGAUGAGCGCGGCAGGGACAUAUGCUUGGAUGGCACCCGAAGUCAUUCGUGCCUCCAUGUUUUCCAAAGGCAGCGAUGUGUGGAGCUAUGGGGUGCUGCUUUGGGAGCUCCUAACCGGCGAGGUGCCCUUCCGAGGAAUCGAUGGCUUAGCAGUCGCUUAUGGAGUGGCCAUGAACAAGCUCGCCCUUCCCAUCCCUUCUACAUGCCCAGAACCUUUUGCCAAACUCAUGGAAGAUUGCUGGAACCCCGACCCCCAUUCACGACCACCCUUCACAAAUAUCCUGGACCAGCUGACUACCAUAGAGGAGUCUGGUUUCUUUGAAAUGCCCAAGGACUCCUUCCACUGCCUGCAGGAUGACUGGAAACAUGAGAUUCAGGAGAUGUUUGACCAACUCAGGGCCAAAGAAAAGGAGCUCCGCACCUGGGAGGAGGAGCUGACGCGGGCAGCACUGCAGCAGAAGACGCAGGAGGAGCUGCUGCGGCGCCGCGAGCAGGAGCUGGCGGAGCGGGAGAUCGACAUCCUGGAACGGGAGCUCAACAUCAUCAUCCACCAGCUGUGCCAAGAGAAGCCCCGGGUGAAGAAACGCAAGGGCAAGUUCCGGAAGAACCGGCUGAAGCUCAAGGAUGGAAACCGCAUCAGCCUCCCUUCCGAUUUCCAGCACAAGUUCACGGUCCAGGCCUCCCCGACCAUGGAUAAAAGGAAGAGUCUCAUCAACAGUCGCUCCAGUCCUCCUGCAAGCCCCACCAUCAUUCCUCGCCUUCGAGCCAUCCAGUUGACACCAGGUGAAAGCAGCAAAACCUGGGGCCGGAGCUCAGUCAUCCCAAAGGAGGAAGGGGAGGAGGAGGAGAAAAGGGCUUCCAAGAAGAAGGGACGGACGUGGGGGCCAGGCACGCUUGGUCAGAAGGAGCUUGGCUCAGGAGACGAAGGAUCCCCUCAGAGACGUGAGAAAGCUAAUGGUUUAAGUACCCCGUCAGAAUCUCCACAUUUCCACUUGGGCCUCAAGUCCCUGGUAGAUGGAUACAAACAGUGGUCAUCCAGUGCCCCCAACCUGGGAAAGGGCCCGAGGAGUAGCCCGGCUCUGCCGGGAUUCACCAGCCUUAUGGAGAUGGAGGAUGAGGAUAGCGAAGGCCCAGGGAGUGAGGAGAAUCGUCUACAGCAUUCAUCCAACCAGUCCUACCUCUGUAUCCCAUUCCCUCGUGGGGAAGACGGGGAUGGCCCCUCCAGUGACGGAGCCCACGAGGAGCCCACUCCUGUCAACUCAACCACUAGUACCCCUCAGCUGACGCCAACCAACAGCCUCAAGCGGGGCGGCGCCCACCACCGCCGCUGUGAGGUGGCUCUGCUCGGCUGUGGGGCUGUUCUCGCAGCCACAGGCCUAGGGUUUGACCUGCUGGAAGCUGGCAAGUGCCAGCUGCCUCUCCCAGAGGAGCCUGAGCCACCAGCCCGGGAGGAGAAGAAGAGGCGUGAAGGUCUUUUUCAGAGGGCCAGCCGUCCUCGUCGGAGCACCAGCCCCCCAUCCCGGAAGCUCUUCAAGAAGGAAGAGCCCAUGCUGUUGCUCGGAGACCCCUCCGCCUCCCUCACACUGCUGUCUCUCUCCUCCAUCUCCGAGUGCAACUCCACCCGCUCCCUGCUGCGUUCGGACAGCGACGAGAUCGUGGUCUACGAGAUGCCUGUCAGCCCAGUGGAGGCCCCACCCCUGACGCCCUGCACCCACAACCCCUUGGUCAACGUCCGAGUGGAGCGCUUCAAACGAGACCCCAACCAAUCCCUGACUCCCACCCACGUCACCCUUACGGCCCCCACGCAGCCCAGUGGUCACCGGCGGACUCCUUCUGAUGGGGCCCUCAAGCCAGCGGCCCUCGUAGCCAGCAGAAGCCCUUCUAGCAACGGGUUGAGCCCCAGCCCCGGAGCAGGAAUGUUGAAAACCCCCAGCCCCAGCCGAGACCCCGGUGAAUUCCCCCGUCUCCCUGACCCCAAUGUCGUCUUUCCCCCCACCCCGAGGCGCUGGAACACACAGCAGAACUCGACCUUGGAGAGACCCAAGACCCUGGAGUUUCUGCCUCGGCCCCGGCCCUCUGCCAACCGGCAGCGGCUGGACCCUUGGUGGUUCGUGUCCCCCAGCCAUGCCCGCAGCACCUCCCCAGCUAACAGCUCCAGCACAGAGACCCCCAGCAACCUGGACUCCUGCUUGGCCAGCAGCAGCAGCACUGUGGAGGAGCGGCCCGGGCUGCCAGCCUUGCUCCCGUUCCAGGCGGGGCCGCUGCCCCCCGCCGAGCGGACACUCCUGGACCUGGACGCAGAGGGCCAGAGUCAGGACAGCACUGUGCCACUGUGUCGCGCUGAACUGAACACACACAGGCCUGCCUCUUACGAGAUCCAGCAAGAAUUCUGGUCUUAGCGUGAAAAGCGUCAGGGGUGGGCUGGGGGAUGCAGGGGGAGAUAGGGGAGCUGGCUGGCACAGCCCUUUCUCAGAGUCGGACCCCCUGGGAUCCAGUCCUACUUCUUGCACUGAAAAUGCACUUUGAAGAUGGAAGGGAUGGAGGCAGGGCCACUUCAGAGGGUCUCGGGCCCUGCAGACCCAUGUCCACUGGAGGGGCUGUGGCUCUCAGCUCUGGCUGUGUAGGGGAGGGAGGGGUGCAUGCACGUCCCCCGUCCUCCACAGUCUUCCUCGCCUUUAGGGUGACCCUGCAGCGUCACUCAGCCAAAUCUGUCUGCUGCUCCCUCCCCUCAGCCCCCUGUGUGCGCCCAGAGCCAGGCCCGGGGUCCCUCAGUUAGCCCUGAGUUCAACCUUCCCAAACACACCAGUAUUGGAUGUUCUGUGAUUGAUUUUGUUCCUCUGCCAUGUUCUUCCCUCGUACCCGUGAAUCAGAAUUUUGUUUGAUGUGAGAUACGAGCUUUUCUGUGCCCUAAGCCCUUACGUGCCAGCUGGAGGAGUGAAGGCAAGGUGCCCCAGCACGGGGUGUGGGAGGUGAUGGGCCCGGUACGACCUACCUGCACUUCCCAGCAGCCCCGCUUAUUGAUUUGGGCCUACCAGCGAGGGGCAGGGGGGGCUGCCUCAGUGAGAACUGGUGGGAGGGGAGGGAGUUAGGGAAAAUACAGUUGAGUUGCAGUCAAGAGGGUAACAGAGUCUGUCUGUCCUUGUUCCUUUUGGAAAAACUCGAAGGAGGGAAGAAUCCAGCACCUGUUGACGGCACCCAUCUCCUACCUGGGGUCCCGAUGCGGUCAGACCGGUUCUGAUACAAACAUAUGCUCAUCCCAUGAUGAAGUUUCUUGGGAUGCCAGAGGCAAAGUUCCUCUGUCUGUCCCUUUUGUUGUCUGUUCUUCCUAUGUUCUUCCCUCCCCUUGAUCUUUCCUCCAGUCCCUGGAAAUAGUGGACUUUGGGUUAUGUGAUUGGUUGGUAGACAUCUCUGUCAGGGGUGGGGUCCUGGACCCUGGGGUUGGAACUGGGUGGGGAUGUUCCCCAGCCAGGCCGUCCAUUCUGUAAUUCCUUGAAAUAAAACGGAGCUGUGAGUGGUACCUCCUGUAAAUGGAUGUAGUGAGGCGAUGAUGUCUGUAAGGUGCUUCAUGAGCCACCAGCGUACAGUAACCUUCAAGUCCCAACCUGGAGCCCGACCUCGGCCUCUAGUCUCUGGGCCCAGGUAGCCCCUAAUGCUGGGCUCUGGACCACGAGCUGGGUAGAAAGGACAACAGUGGCCAACCUUGACUUUUCUGGAAUUUGUUUCCUUGACUUGAAUGUUGCCCUGCUUCUGGAGCUUUCUCAUGCGUGUCCUCACUAUUUCGCCCACUCUGAGAGCUCCUAUCAACUGUAUCAAGUGUGAACAGUUGCCUUUGUGGGAAAAUAACUACUUGAUUGGGAGUAGAGUCCUUAGGUCCUGCUCCUCCCGCCUCAAGACUAAAUGUUGCUCCACUGUUGUCUCGUGGCAUAUUCCUCUGCAGAUACUGGGGGCCAACCUGCUCCCGAGGCCUGAGUGCCAGAGUGGGGAGAGCAGGAAGCUGGUCCAGGUGGUAAACACAGUCACUGCUCUCUCUCUCUCUCUCUCUCUCUGCAACUGUGAUAGACAUCCUGCCUUGGCGACUGUGAGGGGUGACCUUGGUUUUCCAAUUGUUCCUUGUUUUAUGAGCCCAGUGGGCACUUUGGUUCGGGGCCCACCUCGUCGUCGGCGGAGAGUCGCUGUUGGUUUUGGGUCCUGGGGUCCGCCGUUGCAUCUCACCCUCUACUUCUGUUUGUUCAGGGAGGCCCACGGGUAAGAAAGACAUCGUGUGGGCCCCGAUUCCCCGCUCCUCAGGUUGGAGGGAUACAAUGUGAAUCCUGUCAGCAGUUCAGCCAGCCAAGUGAUCCUUCUUCAUUCUCGGUGGGGAGAGGGGCACGGGUGGUCUGUUCUGUGGCCUCCCCUGGACUCUCUGUCUGUCUCCCCAGUCUGAGCCACUAACACAUCUGUAAACCACUUAACGGCCCCCCGGUGGGGUGCAGCUCACAGCCUAAUCCAAACCCUGCUGGCUCCGGGCAGUGCUCUGGGGUAUGAGGCAGGGGUUUUUCCCUUGCUUCUUUUCUACUUCUUGUCAUUUUGUUAGGUUGUAGCCAUCUUUCUUGGAAGUGGUAGUGUAACUGAUGUAGCAUAAACCGAAUGGCAGCUACUUGCCAUUGAGUGACAGCUUGAACCCAGUUCUUACUCAUCCAUCCAGGGGGAGACGGGAAGGCUGGGUCUCUGCUAAGGGAAGAAUUGGAUCUGCCAGAGCAGAAGCAGAGUUAUUCUGAAAAUGCUUCUGUGAGUUCCCACGCAGAUGGAGGAGUUACCAUCUCUUUCUGAUGAGCCCCUGCCUCCCACACUCUCCCUGUAGGGCGUGGCUGGGAGAAGGAUCCUGUAUAGUAACAGGUUUGAGUUGCUUUCUGUCCACUCAGGUCCCCUUGGUCAUGGUCAGGAUCGGGCCUUGAACCUGGGGCUCAAGCCUCUGCAGUGGCAAUAGCGGCCCCCCUUUUCCCUCUUCCUCACUUUCCUCUGAGACUUUUCCUCACUCUUGGCAGGUGCUCUCUAGAUGGAAGAUGGGGAUGGGAAACAGAUCUUGCCCCCAGCCCUUUCUCCUUGGAUCUGUGGGCCCCUUCUCUGAUGCUGAACAGGACUGUCCUUUGUUUACAGCCUCGGGCAUCCAGAUCACUUCCAGGGCUGAGCAGAUGUCCCAGAUAGCUCAUGGGUUAUUUCUAAGAGGCUUUGAUGGGUGCUCUUAACACACCAUCCUUCAGUAUCCCCAGGGUCUGGUAGUGGUGAUGCUGAUGGCGAUAUGGCGGUGAUGAUAUCUUACAUUUGCAUGACUCGGAAUAACGCUAUCCUUUCCUCCUGACCUCUACAAAAUCACAUUGUUUUCCUUCUACAUUUGGUGUCCUUGCUGACAGAGAAGGGGAAAUGCUUAAAAACAAAGAUCCAAGUGAAGAGAAAUUAAAAAGCCACUCCGACUGAUGGCUAAGUCGGGCACCAGGCCCGGAGGCCUGAGCAAACUGGCUCUGCCCCCUGUUCUGCUUUUGCCGGCUGACCUCGGGCUUGUCUUUUCGCCUGUCUCAGAUUUCCUUCCUGAAAAAGCCGCUCCCCCCUCAAGGGCACUGAGAGUCAGUGUCAGCAGGUUACCGAGGCAUGUGGCUCCGGCUCUGGCGGGAGACUAGGACAAACUCCCCAGGUUGACAGUGUGGUUCUCACCCCCUUUGUUUCUAGAGGACUCACCUGAUGUGUCUUCCUUUGUCUUCCGGAAAAGGAGUGAUUGGCAGUUGGCUUUGCAUGACCCACGGGAACUGUGGUCAGGCAUGUGCUCUUCUGCAUGUAUGUAGCACCUGAUGUUUACGAGCAGCCUUCCAAAUCCCCCCACUUAUCAGGCAGUCAUGCCCGUCUUACAGAGCAGCCAGUAGUUGGAGCGGCAUCAGAAUGAUAGUUUGGGGUCUCUGACUUCUUGGAGGCAUUCCUAGAGUCUUGUUUCUUUAGAGACUGGAAUCCACCCAGUUCCUGGAAGAAUCUUUGGGAAGGGGUCUGCUGGCCCUUGGGAUAUGGGUCAUGGUAUGGAUGUCCUCACAAAACCCUUUUCCCUCAGACCACGCAUGCUCAGGGACAUGGUGAGACACCCCCAAGGGCAGUUGGGCCUGACCUUGUCAACACUCUUUCUUGCUCUGCAAUCCCCUUGCUGGGACCUCAGCCCCUCACCCCCCACAAGGAGGGGAACACCUCCUGAGCAUUCCUAACUCUUCAAGCUCGCUUUUAACAAAGCCCAGAACAGUGGGUACUGAAGCUGGGUGGCUGUGAAUAAUGGUGCGCGUCAGGGGUGAAGCGUCCGUGUGGCAGGCCCCUCUGAAUGCAGAACCUGACCUUUUCCUUUCAUUAAGCCUUUGACUCAGGAAUGUGCUGAUCUGAGCUGCCCACCUACUAGUUGUGCAACGUCGCAAAUGUCUCUUCCUGUCUGGGGACCUCAGCCCACCUGUGAACUGAGGACGAUGCUGCCUUCCCUACUGGAAGCAUGAGGUCCUUCUGGCUUUAAAACAUAUGGUCCUGGAGCCCCUGGGCCAGCCUCAUCUUGCUAGAUCACUUCUCUUUGUGGACAAAAAUCGUGUGUAUGUGUGGGGUAGGGCAAGGGGUUGUAGGUAAAAACCACUGGGAGAAAAGCAAUUUCACGGGGUUCAGCCUACUAGACCAUGGGCCUCUCCUCGGCUUCAGGCCUGCGAACAGUUUCCUGUUAUGCCAGUUUUGUAGGAACACAUUCCCAAAUGCACCCCUCUCCCUUCAGACAAAUCAUCGUUUCCUUAGAUCAGGAAUUCGGAUGAAUAAAGAUCCGCCUCAGAAAGGAAAACCCUCUGCUGCUUCUGGGGGGGGUGGUCCUCAGUCCCUGCUUUUUCCUGGCCUGGCCGCCUGCGCACUCCCCACUUCAGGCGCCUGCGUUGGAAGGCAGGAGGUGGAAACUGGAGUCCUGGCUGAUUAAGGCUAAUUAACCUUAGGUGCCUAAUUAACCUGACCCAGCCCUGGGCUUCUGGUUGGCUGUGCAGGCCAGGUGAGCGUCUCCUAGGCCUCUCAGACUGGACUGAGUAUUUUACACUCAUCUUGAUGGGAUACUGACAGUCCCCACCCUCUCCUUCGUCCAUGAUCCAUGUCCAGUGUUGGAAGCACCCUGGCCUCGCUAGGCUUCUAGGGAGCCCUGGCAUUUGCUCUUGCAAAGAGAGGUUGGGCUCCCUUCCUUAAUGUGGAGGCAGUAGGACUGGUCCUUCCUGAUUCUUACUGUCUGCGGUUCCGCGCACCCCUGCCGCAGCCUUGCCUUGGGCCUUCGGCUCACAGCUGCAGCCAGAGAUAAAGAAAUGGAGAAGGGCCCAGUGGGUUACCAGAGCCAGGAGUUUUUCCACACCUCUCGAUGUUUCUCUCGGAAACAGACCCGCCUUUCUGCUGACCCGUCUUCCCUCCUGACUGGUCUGACCCACCCUCCCUGCAAACAGCCACAACCUAGUUUUAACUAGAUCGAUUGGCAGGUGGGGACCUGACAACUAGAUAGGCGUUUCAGGACGGGACACUGGAAACAAUUCCAGAGGCCAGAUGGGUUUCCCCAGGAGCCGGGGGGAGUGUUGGUGCUACAGUGUUGCUUGUCCGCACUUACCGAAGGGCAAGACCGCACUGGCACUGCAGAAGUAAUGUGUUGCCCACGUUCCUGAACUUCACACCCAGAUACCUGCAUUGACAGAUCCUGACUUUAUUUCAAAUUCUAAUAUGAUGUUCAAUGUGGAUGUUUUCAUUAAUUUUAAUUUUUUAAAAUACUGCAUUGAAAUACGAUUCUUCUUGAUGACUGAGUCUUUUGGGUGCCCCCUUCAAUUUUUCAUCUGAGGUGAGCCCUCCACCCCCACCUCACCCUAGCGUGGGUCCUGUCUGCCUCUCACCUGGAUGUGGGGUGGUGCGCGGACAGAAUCGGGAAGUAGAUCGUAAGUGUUUUUGUCUGAUUGCCCUUGCCCACAAGUCCCGAGUGAGGGGGUCGUUUUCUGGGAGUGUCUGCAUUUAAAUGGGAAUGUGUCAACUUACAACAGUGAAGCACCUUAGGACAGUUUUCAUCUUUGGACCUGUAACUGGGGUGACUUUUCCUUGAAGUUCUCUAGCUUCCUUUCAGCCUCCUCGAAGCCACUUAGAGGGGCGUGCGCGAGAGUGUGUGUGUGUGUGUGUGUGUGUGUGUGUGUGUGUGUGUGUGUGGUUUAGGGUGAGAAGUAAGUGAUUAUAUUAGAGAGGACCUUUCUGAUUCUCAUCUUAAGCUUCUUUGGGACAUCUUUGAACUCCAGGAACGUUGUGCUCCUUCUCCCCGCCAGGUUGCAGAUAGGGCUGGAGAGGGUGGGGGCUGUUCCCCAGCACCGUGCCUGGCCCUGUGCGUCUCCGUGCUGUCAGCCGUCACUCUCGUCUCAUCUUUGUUCCACUCGUCCUUUAUCUCUGCCUCCAGCCCCGGAGGCCAUGCUGGCUGUGGCUCUUCGUCACUGUCAGCGCAAGGCAUGGGUUUACCCGGGCCUGGGUGUGUGGACUAACCAGAAAUCGUAAGAAACCAUUACAUUUCCUCUGUGUGGAAGGUGCUGCCCUAGAGGUUUAUUAUUGUUCUUAAUUACUGUUAUUUCGACUCAACAAUAAUCCUGGGAGGGGACGUGUGACCCCCGUCUGAGGAUGUGGGACCCGAGGCUCGGAUAAUGAUCAGACAUGCCCAAGGUCACACAGCUAGGAGGCAACACUACUGCUCUGCUUGGCCCCGAACUUGUCUCUCAUUUUCCUCUGAGCACAUUGUAGGCCACUGUUUAGAAGCCCCGGGAUAAAUUCAGCCUGGCCUGGGCCCACCUAAGCUUGGGGACGGCUCUUCGUCCAAGAAGCAUUGUGUCCCAUGGCUAACCCACCUGCCUCCAUCACUGGAUUCAGCCGGCACGACCUGCGACUCCAGCGUUCAGCCGACGUCCUCUCUGCUCCUGGCUGCUCUCUCUGCUACCGUUUCCACAGCUGUUCAGGGAUUUGUUCCACACAGGGAUCGAACGUAGGUUCCGCAGCUCCUCUCCCAGCUCCCCUGAAGGCCCACGGGCCCUGGUCCUCCGUGUCCAGCCCCAGCGGCCCCGUUACUGCUCUCUGCCUCAGCUGCCACCCACGUCCCUCCCAGUCUCUCGAGCUUGGAAGCCUUAUUGCAGCUCCUUGGGAAGUUGAAGUCAGGCUUUUGCCUUUUUGUUGUGUCGAGGAGCCAUGCGCCCUCUGUGCCCGGUUGUCGCAAAGAAGGGAGCUGAUGAACUUGCCAACUUUCUCCUCAUCACCCAUCCUCACAUGCUCACGCAAAAAUUUGGUCUAAGACUGUAUCGGUGUCUUCUAGAGGAUAAAGAAAAGGGGUUGGAGGUGGGUUUUAUCUAGUUCACAGAAAAAGUUUUCUUUGGGAUUUUCCUCCCUGUUCAAGCCUUUGAGUCUCGGCAAGAAGAAGGUUUGCGCAUGUGUUCAUUCUGCUCCUCUGUAAUUAGCUCCCACUUUUCAUCCCCAGGUCUUCCCUGCUCCCGUGUCCUGUCCACGUGUCCUUGAGUUCCCACUUUGCUUUGGGAUAUAAGUUAUUGUAAUUUGUCAACAAUAUUUAAAAAUAGAAAAGUCCUGAAGGAAAUUUUUCAGGUUCUUUGGCUUUUUUUUUUUUUCCAAGGUACUGUAAACGGUUGGCUGGGGGUGCCAAGCAGGCUUGGUUCAAUGCUAAACCUCUUAUCGUGUUACAGUGGGACGCUGAUCUCAGCCUGGUCUCGCCACCAGAGCACACACAAACUUGAA